UUGGGAUUCGAAGGCCUGUAUCACUUGUGCGGGAAGAACUUACCCCGUAACUUUGUGUAUUGGUUGAUGACACGUGUGGACCCUGUAAAUCAACUUUUUAGAGGGACGAAUGGAGUAGAUGUCCCAAUGAACAAAAACCAGGUUAGGUGGAUACUUGGUCUUCCAAAUGGGGAGAAGGUAAUCCCCACGAAUGAAGGUGAUGCUGAUGAACAAAUGAAAACCGCGGCCCAAAAUGUACUGAGGUUAUAUGGGCGAACAUGGCAGAGUGUAAACCCUAGGAAGCGGUCUGAUAUGAUUUAUACAUAUGCAAUUCCGGUAAAUCCAAAAUUUCUUGAAAGAUUGGAGGGUGAUUGGGGGGAAAAUGACGAGCAGGAGUUUAAGACGAUGUUCUUGAUAGCUACACUUGGGAUGGUCCUAUGUCCGACACAAUGUAUAAGAUUAAGUACUGGUACGAUAUACGCGUGCACACUUGGAAUGCAUUCAAGGCAAUAUGAUUGGUGCAAGCUAGUGUAUGAUUUCUUCAUUGAAAGGGCCAAAGUGUUCUGUAGGGACUUCUACACAUACGGGUGGACUAAAGGAGUAGGUGCUUGCACCAUGUUUUUAGUGAUUUUGUAUCUGGAUCGACUCGAUAGAAUUCCCGUUCAGUGGGGCGUUUUCCCUAGGCUGAAGGCAUGGGACAUGAAGGAGAUUCUUGAAGCUAAGAGAGCUGAUUGAGAAUCUGGAAAAAAAGGAGACUACGGUGUU